UAGAUUCUCAGCUUCGUAAUCUGGAAAAUGCGUAUCUUAAGGCCCUGUUUGAAGUGAAGACAGUCCAUCCAGGAGACGCUGGGAGAUAGCAUAAAUCUUGGUAGACAACUUGGCUGCAAGCAGUUAAACCGAAAUUAACUUCUGCCUUGUGGCUGCAGUGCUGGGUUGGGUUCCUGCGGGACACUGCAGACUCAAUCAUGCCAGCGUUAGCAACGGGAGCUGCGAGUGACACAGGUCUGUAUGAGCUGCUGGCUGCAUUGCCAGCCCAGCUGCAGCCACAUGUGGACAGCCAGGAAGACCUGACCUUCCUCUGGGAUAUGUUUGGUGAAAAAAGCCUUCAUUCACUGGUGAAGAUUCAUGAAAAACUGCACUAUUAUGAAAAACAGAACCCAGUGCCCAUACUCCAUGGUGCAGCAGCCUUGGCAGAUGAUCUGGCUGAGGAGCUGCAGAGCAAACCACUGAGCAGUGAGAUCAGAGAGCUGUUGAAACUCCUCGCAAAACCCAAUCUCAAGGCUUUGCUCUCUGUACAUGAUACUGUUGCUCAGAAGAACUAUGAUCCUGUCUUGCCCCCCAUGCCUGAUGAUAUUGAUGAAGAAGAAGAUUCAGUUAAAAUAAUUAGGCUUGUCAAAAACCGGGAGCCCUUGGGAGCUACUAUUAAAAGGGAUGAACAAACUGGUGCAAUUGUGGUGGCCAGGAUAAUGCGUGGAGGAGCUGCAGACAGAAGUGGUCUUAUUCAUGUUGGUGAUGAGCUGAGGGAAGUCAAUGGUAUUCCUGUAGAUGAUAAAAAACCUGAAGAAAUAAUACACAUUCUGGCUCAGUCUCAAGGAGCAAUUACAUUUAAAAUUAUACCCAGUGUGAAGGAAGAAAUACCAAUGAAGGAAGGCAAGAUGUUUAUCAGAGCCCUAUUUGACUAUGAUCCUAAUGAGGAUAAAGCAAUUCCUUGUAAAGAAGCUGGACUUGCUUUCAGAAAAGGAGAUAUCCUUCAGAUCAUGAGCCAGGAUGAUGCAACCUGGUGGCAGGCCAAACAUGAAGGUGAUGCCAAUCCCAGAGCAGGCUUGAUCCCUUCAAAGCAUUUCCAGGAGAGGAGAUUUGCACUAAGAAGACCAGAAGUGCAGAUUCAGCCACUGAAAAUUUCCAACAGAAAAUCAUAUGAGGAAGCGGUUGAGUGUGAGGAAAUUGAAGAAGAUGCUGAAUGUGCUGGUCACAACAGUGGAUCCUAUCUAGCUGGUUUUAGAAGAAGCUUUCGUCUUAGCAGAAAAGAUAAAAAAACAAACAAGUCUAUGUAUGAGUGCAAGAAGAGUGAUCAGUACGAUACAGCAGAUAUCCCAACCUAUGAAGAAGUUGCAAAAUAUAGACGACAACCUAAUGACAAAUACAGACUUGUCGUUUUGGUUGGUCCUGUAGGGGUUGGACUGAAUGAACUUAAACGGAAAUUGCUGAUCAGUGACACCCAGCACUACGGGGUAACAGUGCCACACACUACUCGUCCAAGGAGAAGCCAAGAAAGUGAUGGUGUCGAAUACAUUUUCAUUUCCAAGCACUUGUUUGAGACAGACGUACAGAAUAACAAGUUUAUCGAGUAUGGCGAGUAUAAGAACAACUACUAUGGUACAAGUUUAGACUCUGUUCGAUCAGUUCUAGCUAAAAACAAAGUUUGUUUGUUGGAUGUGCAGCCUCAUACAGUGAAACACUUACGGACAUAUGAGUUUAAACCAUUUGUUAUAUUUAUAAAGCCUCCAUCGCUUGACCGUUUGAGAGAGACCAGAAAAAAUGCCAAGAUUAUUUCAAGUAAAGAUGAUAAGGGAACUGCAAAACCCUUUACAGAGGAAGAUUUUCACGAAAUGAUUAAAGCUGCCCACGUGAUGGAGAGCCAGUAUGGCCACCUCUUUGACAAGGUGAUAGUCAACGAUGACCUCGCUACAGCUUACAGUGAGCUUAAAACAACUUUUGACAGGUUGGAGACCGAGACCUUCUGGGUUCCCGUCAGCUGGCUCCAUUCAUAGUAACAUUUUAAACAGCCAGAACAUCUGCUGUUGUAUCAGCGCCUCAGUCUGGGGCAUGAUUCAGGCAGCACUCAAUGGUCAUUUUCUUGGUAGGAGGACUUUUAACUCUACUGAGCAGCAGGUAUACUCUUUAUGCACUUGGAACUGGUCUUGUUUUCCUGUGUCUUCAAUUCUCCUGCCCACAAUUCGGGGCAGAACAGUCAGAUUAAACCGGAGCUUUACUACGCUCCAUAAAGUGAGCUAAUACUACUGUAACAAAACUGCCAAACACCUCUUUAUCAUCAUCUGUGUGUUUCCAAGGUGAGCUUUUUUAACAGAGAGUUUGCAGAAGAUACGAGUCAAUACUGGAGAUCAGCACUUCAGUGGUUUUAAGCAUAACUGCUCCCAUAGAGAGCACAUCAGCACUUGGAAGUUAUUGCCCCUUAAAUGCUUGAGAGAACUGAAACGAGCAAAAGUGACCAACAUUUUUAUGAGGAAAACAUCAUAGUUUUAAUUACAUAUCAAGAUAAGUGUUUUUACUUUUCUAGAUGUGAACCUUGUCUUACAUGUCCAGAGUGAUGUUGGUAUUCCUUUGCACUUACAUAAUCAUGGAAAGAAAGAUUAUUCAGUGGCUUAAUUGUGAAAUACUCAGCUGUGAGCAUGCACACAUUGAAAAUAUUUUCACGCAUGCCCUGUGCCACAAGAAAGAAAAUUAAUGGGAAUAAUUAUUUAAAUAGGAAAAAACAUGAGUUAGUAUGUAUACAACUUCAGUCUUUGGGAUUAAUCUUCUGUAAAAUCAGUGGCAAAGUGAUAUGAAUAGCAGCAAAGUAAAUAACUUUUUUUCCCCUUUAAAUUGAUUUAAAAUAUUUUUGGCAUCCUUUAGAACAACUUUCCCAUCAGAAAUUUUCAAACAGUGAGGAAACCUUGGAUACUAGGAAGCAGUUGCAAGAGAUUAAUUCUUUCUAUUGUUGAGUAUGUUGUGAUACUUUCUAGUAGUGUAACAUGUAUUUUGUCUCCACUCAAAAAUAAAUGAAUGCUGUAGACUUCACUGUAAAAAA